AUGGCAGCCAAGUGUGUCCACAAAGGCUGUGGCAAAGUUUUCACCGAAGACGAGCCUUGCGUCUAUCAUCCGGGACCUCCAGUCUUCCACGAAGGCCAAAAAGGAUGGAAAUGUUGCAAACCGCGAGUGUUGACCUUUGACGAGUUCAUGGCCAUUCCGCCAUGCACCACUGGCAAACAUUCGACCGUCGAUGACACUCCGGCUGAAGAAGCAAAACCAUCAUCGGAAGAUGUGGAAGCGAAGAUUCAAGCACAAAAACAGCAAUCGGAUUCCCUUCCGCCACCUGCCUCACGAGCCCCAGUCACUGCACCACGACCCGCAGCUUCCCCCGCACCGCCCGAGGACGAAGAUGACGACCCAAGUCUACCAAUCCCCGCAGGAGCGAGCUGCAAACGAAAGGCAUGUGGGAAGAGCUUUACGGGAGACAGAUCUUCGGAGGAAUGUGUGCACCAUCCAGGUCACGCCAUCUUUCAUGAAGGUAGCAAAGGGUGGACAUGUUGUAAACGACGCGUGCUGGAAUUUGAUGAGUUCAUGAAGAUCGCUGGGUGCAAGACCAAAUCGCAGCAUUUGUUCGUGGGCAAGAAAAAGGACGACAAGGCGGAGGAGCUGCUGCAGGAGGUGCGGAACGAUUUCUACCAGACGGCCACGACGGUGAUUGCCAGUCUGUAUCUGAAGAAGAUUGACAAGGAGCGGAGUACGGUGGACUUCAAGGCCGAUUCUGUUGCUCUAGAUCUGGCAACGAGCGACAAUAAGCGCUAUCAAAACGAGAUGGUGCUAUUCGGGCCCAUCAAGGCGGAGGAGAGCAAGUUCAAGAUCAUGGGGACAAAGUUGGAGCUCACGUUGGCCAAGGCUGACGGAGCAGGCUGGCCUGUAUUGAGGGCGACAGACCCACAUACCGGGGAGAUUAUUCAGGCUGGUCGGGCCGGCCGGGUCUGA